ACUAGUUUGUGACUAACUUUUAAUGUAAUGACUUGCUCGAUAUUGAGAAAGCCGCUCUAGUUGUAUUGCAUUGUCAAGAAAAGAAAUUACUUUCCCACACAAGGGUCGAUGUAGUUUAACGGAUAACUAGCUGUGAUGGCUUCUGAAUCACAUGCCCUGGAGGAACUGUUGGAGGCAAAUGGAAUUCUUCCGGAGCAGUUUCCUUCCGUGGCCAGCACGGUCACGCACCUGGAGAUGUUCCUGCACCAUUACCCUAGGAUGGAGGGACUUCAUCACUUCCCAGCCCUCAAGACGCUGGCCCUCAUACACCAGGAGUUGAAGGAGAUCCAGGGCCUGGAGGGAUGUCCGCUGCUGGAGAAGCUAUGGCUGCAGGAGAACGAAAUCUCCACCAUUCAGGGCCUGGACUCGCUGCAUCGGCUGAAGGAGCUCUACCUCUACAGCAACCACAUCACCGAAAUCCGCGGCCUUAACAAACUAACGCAGCUGGAGGUGCUAUGGCUGUCCGACAACUACCUGACGCGCAUCAGCGGCCUGGAGCAGCUGGCAGCGCUUCGGGAGCUGCACCUGGCCCGCAACGACAUCGCCUUUCUGGGAGACGGACUGUCGGGCUGCACCGCCCUCACGCACCUUAACCUGGCGGAUAACAAGAUAGGCAGCUUCAAGGAGCUCCGCGCCCUAGCCGUGCUGCCCCGCCUGGUGGACCUGUGCUUCUCCGACCCCAUGUGGGGCGACUGCCCGCUGGCGCAGCUCUGCAACUACCAGACCUUUGUGCUCUUCGUCAUGCCGCACCUGACCAGCCUCGACACGCUGCUGCUGGCGGAUGAGACCAAGGCGCUCGCGGAAGCCACCUUCCUCAAGAAGCAGAUGUACUACAACAUGCGGGUCAAGACGCUGAGGCGCAACGCCCGGCAGAUUGUGAAGCUGGCGGCGGAGGGGCGGCAGGCACGCCAAGCGCUGCGGCAGCCCCUCAAGAACACGCUGCUGCUUGCCUCCAAGGACCUCGAACGAGAAAUCAGCGACUUCAAAACUGCUGCAGCGGGGGCGGCUUCGACUUCAGCGACAGCUGCUGCAACAGCGGCAACGGCAGCGGAGCCGGUAGCGGCUGCUGCUGCCGAAGGCAGCGGCGGCGGCGAACCCGCCGCCGCCGCCGAAGGCGGUGGCAGCGUCGGAGCCGCUACCGCUGCCACCGCUGCCAGCGACGCCGCUUCGGAGGCCGCUUCCGACGCUGCCAUGAUCGCGGCGUUGGAGUCCAAGUUGGUGGACAUCUCGACGCACCUGGCUCGUUACUCCGCUGCAGAGGCGGAGCUCGAUGCGCAGUUCGAGACGGCCAGCGAGCGCACCUACGCGCUGUUGGACGGGCUGGUAGCUCGCAUGAUGCUUGAGCUGGACACGGCGGGCAACAUACGGCUGGAGGACGGCAGGUCUACCGACCUUUGGUACGCCUCCUGCACAGACCUGGUAGCCAGCCGGUUCAAUCCAGCGGACUUCCCUACCAGUCUGGGCGUGAAUGACCUGCACAUCACCGGGGUCACACGCAUCCACAACCGCUGGCUGCGCUCUCGCUUCGAAUCCGCGCUGGGUGCGCUCCAGAUCGACACCUCCGACCCCAGCCACAAGCGCUCCCUGGAGUACCUGUUCCUGGGGGAGCACCCCGGGCUGCCGGGACUGCUGGACAUGGCGGUGGAGGAGGGGCUGCCGGAUGCGGCGCAGCUGGCGGCGCAGGGCUUGGAUGGCGCCGUGGUGCUGUCCAACUCGGUAUUCCUAGCGGAUAGACUCAGGCUAGCAGCCGCCCUGGACCCCUGCGCUCCGGCAGCGACGGCGGCGGCCGGCGGGCAUUCCUCACGGACCCAUGGGUCAUCCACGGCGGGUGCUGCCGCUGCUGCUGCUUCGUCUGCCUCCUCUAGCGGCGCUUCGAAUGGGCUGUCGGAUAACAGCCGAAGUCGGGGACGGCUGAUGAUUGUGAAGGCGUAUCUUGGACGCAGCGCGCAGGACAUGUCGGUCAACGUCUCGUCAGCGCUGCCCACCAAGCUGUACGGCAAGGACGGCAAGCUGUCGUACAAUGCCAUGGUGGAGGGCGGCCAGCGCAUCAUGCCAGCCGCCUGGCCCGAGGCGGAUGCGGUGUACCGAGUGCGGCCGGGGGACAUGAAACAGAAGCUGUGGUACGUAUUCAACAACGUGCUGGUCCUCCCAGAGUACCUGGUUGACUUCACCUACGAAGUCAACUCCGCCGGACCGCUCGCCGCCAACCCCUCCGCAACCUCCGCCGCCGCUGCCGCCGCCCGUACCUCUGCCAGCGGCAUCGCCGCCACUGCCGCCACCGCCCCCUCCUCGUCCUCCACUGCUGCUGCCGGCGGCCCUCCGCCUCCCGUGAUGGCUCUGGACCUCACCAUCAGCUCCGGGGGUCUGGGACUGAGCUCCGCCACACAUCAGGCCAUCCUAGACAGCUUGGACGCUGACAUACGGCCGCUUGCUCGGCCCAUGCUGGGCUGGCUGGCGCUGCAGGCUGACCCCUCGCUGCUGCGCCAGGGGCUGUGCGCGGAGGAGGAUGAGGCGCAAAGGCUGGUGGCGGCACCGCCGCUGCUGCAACCAGUGCCCAAGAUCUAUCGCCUUACCGAGGAGGCCAUCAGCAAGGCGGUGAACGGCAUGACACUGGCCAACGUCGUCCGACUAGACCUCCACAACUCGGGUCUCCGGAAGAUGGAGGCCCUGUCGUCGCUGCGGCACCUGCAGGUGUUGGUGCUCUGCUACAACGAGCUGACGCGGUUGGAGGGGCUUGAGGGGCUGGUGCAGCUGCGUGUCUUGGACCUGGGGCACAACAGCAUCCGCAAGGUGGAGGCCUCGCUCAAGGGGCUUUACAGUCUGACGCACCUGGACCUAUCCAGUAACCAGGUCCUCAAGCUGGAGGAGCUGUACAACAUGAAGAAGUACAGUCCGCAACUGGUGAUCCUGGACCUGCGGGACAACCCCAUCUGCAACGACAAGGCCUACCGCUCGACCACGCUGCGGAAGCUGAAGCGGCUGGAGCGGUUCGACGGCCGGCCGGUGAGUGCUGAGGAGAAGGAGCGCUUCGGAGAGCACGCGGGUGCGGUCACGCUGCCCAUGGUGCUGGAGUACGGCUCCGUGGCGUCACGGGGCAACGGCAGCCUGGCAGACCCCUCGCGCCCCACCGAGCCUGCCUCCAUCACCGACCUCUCCCUGGAGCGUAUGCACAUCCGCCGCCUGCAGCAACUGGCCUCACUCACCUCGCUCAAGCGGGCCAGUCUGGCCGACAACGAGAUCAGCAGCCUGGAAGGCAUCGAGGGCUGCCGUACGUUGGAGGAGCUCAGCCUUGAAGCCAACCGCGUGAGCAGUCUGGUGGGGCUGGGCGGCCUCACGCGCGUGCGCAAGCUGCAGCUGGGGCAGAACAGGCUUGCCUCCCUGGAGGCUCUGACGGGCCUCACAGGUCUGGUGCAGCUGAGUGUGGAGGACAACGAGCUGGCCUCUCUGAGCGGAGUGGAGCGGUUGACCAACCUCAUGGAGCUGUAUGCGGGCAACAACCGCAUUACGGAGCUAAGGGAGGUGCAGCGCCUGCGCGACAUGCCCAAACUCAUCAUCUUGGACCUGGCGGGCAACCCGCUGGCGGGCAGCCUGGCCUCGGCAGCGGCCGCGGCGGCAGCAGCCGCGGCGGCAAACGCAACGGGUGCGGGGGGGACCGGCAGCAGCAGUGGCGCUGCGCCGUCGGCAGGCCAAGUGGGCACGGGCGCGUCGUCUGUGGCGGCAGCUGCGGCGGCAGCGGCGGUGUCCGAUGAUUACCGGCUGUACGUGAUCUUCAACGUGCGAAAGCUCAAGGUGCUAGACGGUGUGGCGGUUAGCGCGGUGGAGCAGGCGGCCGCUAAGAACCGGUACGCGGGGCGACUGACUGCGGACUUUCUGGAGGAGCGGCUGGGGCACCGGCUGUUCGACCGCAUCCGAGACCUGGACUGCAGCGGCCUGCGCAUCCGAGAUGUGGGCAACGUGUUUCUGUCGGAGGACAUGGAAGGGUUGCAGGAGCUGAACUUGGACAGCAACAUGCUGGUGGAGGUGUCAGCUCUGGCUCUGUUACGCAACCUGGUUGUACUGCGGCUGAACAACAACCGGUUGGGUGAGGAGUGCUGCUUCAACACCACACGCAUGAUGGAGCGGAAUCCGGAGCUGGCCCGCGCACUUGCGGCACGCCAGCUGGCGGCGCAGCAGGCCGGCUCCGGCGGUCACAUGCAGUGGGAGAUCUUCCCUAACCUGCAGGUUCUCCAGCUGGGCGGUAACCAGGUGUCCUCCGUCUCCUCGCUGCAGCUGGGGGCUCUAACAGGGCUCCGGAGCCUGUUCCUGCAAGCCAACGACAUUACGCGGAUAGAGGGGCUGGACGGCCUCAUUAACCUCCAGGAGCUGGUUCUGGACCGCAACCGCAUUCGCUACAUCGACCCUGACGCGCUGACCGGGCUGCCCAAGCUGCGGGAGCUGCGACUCGAGGAGAACGGACUGCGCAGCCUGUCGGGCUUCAACUACCUGGCACGUAGCCUGCAGGCCCUGCAUGUGGGCUCCAACCGCAUCGGCGAGCCCGCUGACCUGGACCGCCUGACGUGUCUGACGGGGCUGGUGGAGGUGACGCUGGCGGGUAACCCCAUCAGCCGCAAGAACACCUACCGCGCCAUGGUGAUCGCCAAGUGCCCGCGCAUACAGGUCCUGGACCAGCAGAUGGUCACCGCGGAGGAGCGCGACUACGCGGAGCAGCUCUUCGCGCCCACACAGCAGCCACCCAGUCUGGGCAUGGCCCUGGGCCCGCCGGGGCUGCCCAGCUUCAUGCCGCUCAUGCCCGCCAACGCGUUGACAGGCAGCCCAGGCGGCACCGCGGAGGCACUGCUCGCGGCCAUGGUGACGCAGGGAGGUGGCGCGGGCGGCAGCGGCGGCGUGGCAGCAACUCCGGCGCAGGCGAAGCAACCCAUUAAGCUGACCAACAUGGACUUUGCAGGAGUGACCGGGACGCCCUCCCAGGGCUACACAGUGCAGACGCAGCCUAGCAGUGCAGGCUCGGUGCCGUCCAUCCAGGCCAACACAGUGGUACUGACAGGGCCGGCGUCGUUCGGGCUGGAGGGCGUGGGCAUUGCGCCCGGGGCGGGUCAGCAGGGCGGACAGGGGACGCAGACGGGACCAAGCGUAUGGCCCGGCAUGGCAACGGCUGCACAGGUUGGCAGCAGGGCCGCAGCUGGGCGAGGUUCAGGCGGUGUGAACACGGGUGUCACGGGGGCAGCGGGGCUGGCCCUUGCUGGACGGGGUACAGGCUCCACGCCGGUGUCAGGAUCAUCGCCUCUGCGAAAGGGGCAAGGGCCGCCUGCUGGUCGUAGCCCAGGGUCAUACAAAUAGGCAGCGGCUACUAGGACAGCGCGUCUGGUUCGGUGGAUGUCAGUUAACGAUGUAUACUCGGUGGCGCACAGCCGUUUUUGCACCUCGUGUGAACAGGGUCGUUUAACUCAUUACGAGAUG